CGGGAGAACUCAAGGGCUAUGAACUCCCGCCAACGUCAUCCAUUGAAGCUGCCGAAAAUACCGAUUCGAGUCUCUGAAGCUCAUGGCUCCUCUCCAAUGGAACCAACCCCCCAGGAACCAUUCUCCUCUCACUCCCCAACCUACCAAGCUCUCCUCCGAGCUGGCCCCCGCCUCCGCCCCCUCCACCAAGUCCACGCCCGCAUUCUCGUCUCGGGCCUCCACUGCUCCCUCUCCCUUCUCACCAAACUUCUCACCUUUGCCUGCACCGCCGGUGCCAUCGACUAUACCCGCCGCCUCCUCUUCUCCGUCCCCAACCCCGACUCCUUCCUUUUUGGCUCCCUCAUCCGGAGUGCCUCCAAAUCCCACCUCUCCACCGACGCCAUCUUCUUCUACCACCGUAUGCUUUCGGCCCGGCUGAAGCCCUCCAACUACACCUUCACCUCCGUCAUAAAAGCCUGUGCCGACCUCUCGGCAUUGACGGUCGGUAGAAUCAUCCAUUCACAUGUUCUUGUUAAUGGCUUCGGCUUGGAUUGUUUUGUUCAAACUGCAUUGGUGGUCUUCUAUGCGAAAUGUGGCGACUGGUAUUCUGCUCGGAAGUUGUUUGAUAGAAUUCCUGACAGAAGUGUUGUUGCAUGGAAUGCCAUGAUAGCGGGAUAUGAGCAGAAUGGGCUUGCUGAGGAAGCUAUCAAGUUGUUUCACAGGAUGCAGGCGGAAGGGGUUGAGCCUGAUUCGGCAACGUUGGUUAGCUUGCUGUCUGCCUGCUCCCAUGUGUGUGCGUUGGGUUUAGGUCAAUGGGUGGAUACAUUUAUUGUUGACAAAGGUAUGGAUGUCAAUGUGGUUCUAGGCACUUCACUCAUAAACAUGUAUGCUAGAUGUGGGCACGUGCAGAAGGCCCGUGAGGUAUUUGAUGGGUUCCAAGAACGGAAUGUCGUUGCUUGGACUGCCAUGAUUUCGGGGUAUGGGAUGAAUGGCUAUGGGAAUCAAGCAGUUGAGCUCUUUCAUCGUAUGAAAACUGAAGGCCCAUUGCCAAACGAUGUUACCUUUGUUGCAGUUCUAUCUGCUUGUGCUCAUUUUGGACUGGUUAGUGAAGGCCGUGAAGUUUUUAAGUCCAUGAAGCGGGACUAUGGGUUGGCCCCUCGGGUUGAGCACCAUGUCUGCAUGGUUGAUAUGUUUGGAAGGGCUGGGCUUCUUGAUGAAGCUGUCCGAUUCAUCAGGGAUUGGAUACCAGGAGAACCAGGGCCAGAAGUUUGGACAGCGAUGCUUGGGGCCUGCAAGAUGCACAAAGAUUUUGACCUUGGAGUGGAGGUGGCUGAGCGGCUUCUUGCCAUCGAACCUGAGAACCCUGCUCACUAUGUGUUGCUGUCUAAUCUAUAUGCAUUGGCUGGUAUGACGGACCGGGUUGAGAAAAUUAGACAAGUGAUGAUUCACAGAGGUUUGAAGAAGAACACUGGGUUUAGCUCGGUAGAGAUCAAUCAUGUGGCCCAUGUCUUUCGCAAUGGCGAUACAUCUCAUCCACAGACUGUGGAAAUUCGCCAAUAUUUGGAGCAAUUGAUUUAUAGGAUCAGGGAAGCAGGAUAUGUACCAGAAACUGACUCGGUGCUUCAUGAAUUGGAAGGAGAGGAGAGGGAGUUUGCACUUAGAUUCCACAGUGAGAAGCUGGCAGUAGCAUUUGGGCUCAUGAGUACCAGUAACAAGACAUUGAUUCGAAUUGUCAAGAACCUUCGGAUAUGUGGUGAUUGUCAUUUGGCCAUUAAGUUCAUGUCGGUUGUUGCUGAUAGAGAAAUAAUAGUUAGAGACAAGCAUAGAUUCCAUCAUUUUAAAAAGGGCCUCUGUUCUUGCCAAGACUAUUGGUGAUAGCCUCCCUUAAUAUUUUGGAUAUUAGUAACCUUUCAGUGAGGAUGAGCAUAGGAUGACUCCACUUAGCUGGUCACUCAUGGAUAGGGCAGUCAAUGUGAGUUGAGUUUUUAACAACAAGGUGGGCAGAUACGAAGGUCAAUCACAAAUGUUACGUCCUAAUAAUUUGGCCUUAACUUUGAAAUUGAUGGUCAUGGUUCGGUCAUCCAUUUGACAAUAUGAGCUAUCUUCGUGUUUCAAAAUAGCAGUUUUGUAGAUCUGCAGCAGUUCCUGAGGUUCUGUAUCUGGUCACAGUCUGUUCCAAGUGAUUUCAGCUACUGAAAAAAGUAAGAGAUUAAUAAGUUAUUCAGAUGAAUGCAUUGAUUUGUUAUUAACGAGGUCAUUCAGGUGAUAUUUGUUUUUUCUCAACAGUCCGUUCACUCUGUUCUGAUUAUCUUAAUUUUCUGUUCCGAUGGCUUAGUCUAUCCUCGAGCCAAGCUGCUUUGUGCAGCAAAUGGUCUAAUUCCAGGUUCAGUUUUUUCCUCCCCAGAGUUAAUCACUCAAUUUCUCUGAAAGGUACACUUUCUUUCCCAUUAUUUAUGUUUGCCCAGGAAAAUGGAGUUUCUCUGUGUUUUGGUUGACUUUCUGGAGCUAUGGAGUGGCUGUGUGUGAACAUUGUGCAAUAUAUUUUAAGAUGGCCGAUAAAUUAUAGGAAAGGGAAAAGAAAGCAUACAAAAUACUUCCUCGAAAAAAAGAGAAGAAACUAUAUCGAUGAAUUGGGGUUAAUGACAAGUUCUUCAAAUGUCAAAAAGGAUCUGAUUGGAGGGGUUAGUUCACCUGAAAUCUUUCUAUGUGAAUUCUACUAUUAUGAACCAAAGAACAAAAGAAAAUCAACCCAAGUUUUCUCUUAAAGCACCACCUACCAGCAUUUAUCCCAAAACCAUGAUCAUUACCCAGAAGAGGAAGAGGGUGAAAGGGGUUUCUGUCUGUUAGUGUUAAUUUGCAAACCAACCAAUUUAAAUAUCACCAAUCACUUUAUUUCUCACCAUCAUAUUCAUUUUGUUCACGUUGGGUUUCAGGUUUCUCAGGAUACUUGUAUCCUAGUGAAUCAUUCCCUUAGACCUAUUUGUUCUCUCCAAGGCAAUGAUCUAGUAGCUUGUAUUUGUUGGGAAAAAAGAUUAUAUUGGUCAAUGCUAGAUUUGAUACAUGAUCAUACUGAUGUUGUUUAAAACUGUGCACACCAUGCAUGGGCCGCAUCACAGCAGAAUUUGUAACGUUUUUGCCUUGCUUUUCCUCUUCUUUAAAUGAAAUUCAAGAAGCUUUGUACUUGCAAUUUCUCUCUACUCUAUACCUCCCUCAUCUCUCCACAUGCAAAUGCCUCGUGAAUCCUCUCCCCACCAUUUCAAUUCAUAAGACUUGUGAGUUACUGAUGUCCACUUGUAUGACUAUAUGCUCGUUUUACCUGUAAUCUUUCUGAUGCGAAGAAUUUGACAAUGUCUGCAUACUGGUAACAGCCACACAAGAAAACUUUUCCAUUUUAUGUAAAUAUGUUGGGUGGAAAAAAACGUCGUGAUUAUGAUUUUAGUUAAGAUUGGUGUAUCUGGCCCAUUUUCAAGGAAAACAAAAUAAAUCUGUCCUAAGGUGAAACAAGUAGAAAAAAAAAAAAUCCAAGAUUCAAGCACUUAUCAUAUGAUAUGUAAUUUUUCCUUGGCAUAUGCUCCAUAGUAAGCUCUCACUCCUGAUAUAUCACAACUGUUAAAUUGUAUUCUGACUCAUUGAUAAGUAAUUAUAGAUUAUCUUUGAUCAAAAAUAAAAAAUUCAUAGAUAAUCUGAUAAUUAUUAGUUUUUUUCUCAAGCGAUGUUCCCACUAAUGUUUUUCCUCCAAUGAAACAUAAUAUCUGGUUGGUUGGGUCGGGUUUAGCGAUUAAUGUUUACACGUACCCUUGGUUUACUAUGAUCCCAUUAAUUGUUUGGCCUACUUUUAUUAAUAUGGAUACUCUUGAUCUUAAUUUGCAUGUUGCAGAUCUUGUAAAUGAGGAUAGGACUUGGAAUCUAACUCGUUUGACCAAUCUUUUUUCAAUGGAUUUGGUUAGAAGUAUAUCUGUCAUCCCUCUUCCUCAAGGCCUUUGGCCUGAUAAAUUGGUGUGGGGCCCCUCCAGACUUACCCAUGUAACCCUUCAGGAUAUGAGAACUCUUACUUUACAUAACAUCCAACAUAAUCAGGUUCAAUAUGGUUGGGUUUGGUCUCUAAAGGUUCCCCCUAGAGUCAAGACCUUUUUAUGGAGAUUAGCUUGGGAAAGGUUGCCAUCUAAAACAUUGUUAGCCCAUUGUCAUAUCAUCCCGAUUGAGCAAAGAUUUUGUGACUUAUGUCCUCAUCAGGAAGAAGAUUCUGAACAUCCUAUUUUUGCUUGUCUAUUGGCCCAACAUUGUUGGCAGCAGCUUAGUGUCAUGUACCGAGUGAAUUUCUCUUCUACAUCUUUGCCGGCGUUGUUGGAUUUUUUAUCAAGUGCCUUGGUAGAGAUGGGACAUAAGUCAUUAGUAGCAUAUGUAGCAUGGUUGCUGUGGAAAGUUCGAAAUGAUCGAAUUUUUAAUAAUCAAUAUACUACACCAUUGCAAAUAUUCCAUCAAUUAGCUAUUUUUGUUGUGGACUCUGGAUGCAUCAAUGUAUGAUCUUUGCAAACUCUGUGCAGGUACUGGGGUAGCCAUCUUCAAAAGGAUUUUACCUUUUGUUCCCCCAAUUUGUUGUGUUGGCUACCUCCUCCCAUUGGAGUUUUAAAAAUAAAUUUUGAUGCAUCCAUAACUGCUAACAAGGCUGCUGCGGGUUAUGUGAUUAGAAAUACUAAUGCUGUGUUGAUGAGGGUUGGUGGGAAAUUGCUACCUCAUAUUUCAGUUCCAUUUGCAGAGUUGCUGGCUGCUUGGCUUGGAGUUCGAACUGCUAUAUACGAGCUACAUGCUACUUAUAUAUGGAUUGAAGGUGAUUCAUCUACUGCUGUAUCGUGCAUCAAGAAUCCUGAAUUGCAAAGAUUUGGUCAUAUGCCUUUUCUUCAGGAUUUAAUUCAAUGGCAAGGUGCAAUGCACUUUUGCAAAAUUACACAUAUUUUUCGUGAGGCUAAUCAGGUUGCUGAUUAUAUGGCCCGUUUAGCUCUUCAAGGAGAUUUUGUGAAAAAUGAUGCCUGAGAGAUGGAUUUUACUUGUAAUUAUCUAUUGCAGGCUGAUGCAUAUGGGAUCCAAUCUAGUAGAUAGUGCCAACCCCAAAGUUGGAGGCUUUCAAACUUAUGUCUACCUUGGUGAUGUUUGUUUAGCCAUUUCAUAUCUGUUUCAUAAUUGCUUAACCCAGGAAAGCUUGUUUUACUGAUGGUACCAUUGGGACAGGGUUAAUUGAUCAAUCAAUGCUGAAUUAUAAUGUACAAGAUGUGAAGUGGCUGGAAGAUGCAGACUAUAGGAUGAGUUGGUUAAUAUGGUACAUCCUUUUAAAUAAGCAGGUUUUAUCAAAUCUCAGCCUUGAUUUUGAACUGGGUAAUCUGCAAUCACUGAGCUGGGUCUCAGCCGGUUAUAUAACAUCUUUGCUUUUAUAUCUAUUGGUUAUGGCACAUCAAGGAGCUGGGAUUCAAGGAAACAUUAGAUUUUAUCUGGACGGCUUGGUGCUUUACUCUGUUCAUUGGCAAGAGGUGGUUCAUUAUGCUGGCUGAUAUGUAUCUAUGUCUUGUUGUUUUUAUCCAGAGGGAACAAAUGACAGUCUUUCAUCCUAUGGGGUACAAAAGUGAUAUGUGUGGUAAAAUGAGGAAAGGGCGAAUGUUUCAUGAAAAAUUUAUAGGCCCAAAAUGGAAUGGAAAAAAUUCACACAGAAGGAAAAAAUUGAGUGGUAUUUUAAAAAACGGAGAGGGAAGAGCUGUGAGGAAAUCUCUAACUUCCUUUUUGGUUUAUCAUAUGCAGAUUGGAUGGAGUCUAUUAACACAUCUUUCUGAGUCCCUUUAUCUUUCUAAGAUCAAUGCUAAUCUACAAUCUUGGAGCUGGUCGUUUGUUGGUCAUAGCAGAUUUUUAUUUUUACACAAUUAUCAUAACUUGGGGAAUAUUCAUAGCAUCAUAGUACUAUAUACAACCAAGAUUCCUCUACAGAGUUUACAUAAAUUGGAAAUCAAGAGGACUGGGACACAGAUUAUGAAUGCAACAUGUUUUCUUAUAUUACAGGACCAUGUGCAAUUACGGCAUAGGAAAGAGGGGUUGAUUGCAAAAUCCUUUGUACUAUUUGGGAUGGACUAUUGUGCCAGGCAAAAUAUCCACAUGUGGAGGCUUUUUGUUUGGGCUGAUGUGCAUUACUAUUAUGUAGACGGGAUUCAGGUGAAAUGCAUGUUUCUUUAUCAAAAUGCUGAUGCAUAAAACUGUUAUUUGUGGAGAAAAAAGUAAAAGGGCAAACGAAACAGGAAAAAUUUAUAGGCCCAAAAAUAAAUGGAAAAAGUUUGAGAGAUGGAAAAAACUAGAGGGAAAAGAAAAGAUGAGGAACACCAUUAAAAAACAGAGGGGAGAGCAGUGAGGAUUUUGCUAACAUGUUUUUUGUUAAUUUAUAUGCAGGUCUACUGUUGUUCUCUAGCCUCUGUUAUAAUCACAACAAAGUUCCUGGACAAGGGCUCAAUACUGGAUGGACUAGUUUCAAUUUAGCUCUUCAACGAAUGCUAUUUUCUAACCUGCUUAGAUUAAUUUCUCUCUUCUGCUCUAGCUGUUAUUAUUCCUUGAUGUGCCAUUGCCAUGGUCUUCAAUUCAGUGCCAGAUUCUUCAAUUGUGCCAUGCAGGGAUGUGCCACCUUCUUAUACACUGUUGCAACUAUUUAUUACCUUUCAGAUGUUGCUCUUUUAAAUGGCAUAUGCAGAUCCAAGAAUUCAGCUACUGUUGUGCACCAUAUAAUCAGUUUAUUGUCUUCAUUAACUAUCUGGAGGUUUUAUGGCUCUUUUUAAAGGUGAUCUAUUGAUUUUCACAUCUGCUUUUGAUCUAUGGUUAUAUGCUACUCUGCCAUUUGCUACUUCACAUCAUCUUUCUAUUCAGAGUGACUACCUACUGCUCCCAACUGGACCCAUCAACAGAACUCCACAUGUUGUUAAUGUUGUUUCAUUUCUUAUUAUCUGAAAUUGCUUCCUACUCUCAGCUGGCUUCAACAUCCGAAUUCCAUAUGCUGUUAAUGUCAUUUCAAUUCUUAUUAUAUGCAAUUACAUCUGG